AUGUCCCAAAAGACAGACUCUAUCGAGUCGAUUUCCACGGUAAACUCGCAGACCGAACGCGAUGCGAUAGGAAAGACACUGACAGCUCGUGCAUCGCACAUGUCACUGUCGGAGCGUGUAACGACAAUCGCAACCAAUGCCACCGCCGACCCUGACUAUGAGGUUGACUGGGAUGGCGACGAUGACCCUGACAACCCCAAGAACUGGAAUUUCAAGUAUAAGUCCAUGGGCAUCUUGUUUCUAUCAUGGAACACUCUCAUCGUCGUGUUAUAUUCGACUUCUUAUACAUCAGGCAUUGCAUUUAUGGCCGAGGAAUUCGGCCAAUCCAAUACUAUCGUCACCCUUGGCUUGACCUUCUAUCUGUUUGGUCUUGCCAUUGGGUCCAUGUUCAUGGCCCCUUUGAGCGAGGUCUACGGACGGAAACCUGUCUGUGUACUUUGUCUAGCCGUGUUUACAAUCCUGAUCAUCCCCUGCGCGCUCGCAAAGUCUGUCACCGCAUUGAUUGUCGUUCGCUUUAUCGCUGCUUUCUUCGGCAGUGUCAUGAUCUCUACCGCUCCCGGUAUGGUGGCUGAUUUGGUGGAUGAUGAGCAUCGUGCUCUGGCGAUCUCUGUUUGGAGUAUUGGGCCACUCAAUGGACCAGUCAUCGGUCCGGUUAUUGGAGGCUUCGUCACUCAAUAUCUUGGCUGGCGCUGGAUGUGCUGGAUUGCGCUCAUUCUCUCUGCUGUUGCCUUGGUCUUUGCUAUCCUGCUCAAGGAAACCUACGCACCGACCCUUCUCCAAAAGAAAGCCGCCAGACUCCGCAAGGAGACCGGCGAUUCCCGCUGGUGGAGUCGCUACGACCAAAAAGCGAGCCUUCCCGAGAUCCUCAAGCUGAACCUCAGCCGGCCGUUUGUAAUGGCAGUUACCGAACCAAUCUGGCAAGUGUCUUACCCCUAUAUCUUCCACAAUAACCCACAAAACAUGAAACUAAUCCCCUUCAGCAUCUUCUGGAACAUCUACAUCGCAAUCAUCUACGGUAUCCUGUAUCUCUGUUUCGUAGCCUACCCAAUUGUCUUCCGCGACAUCCGCGGAUGGCAACUGGGUAUGUCCGGGCUUGCCUUCCUAGGAAUCGGUAUCGGCGUUGUCCUCACAAUCGCCUGUGAACCUUUAAUCCGACGAUUGAUCAACAGUCACGCCAAAGACCCCGAGACCGGAAAAGUUUACCCAGAAGCAAUGGUGUCGUUUGUCUGCAUCUGCGCAGCGAUGAUCCCAGUCGGUGAGCUCUGGUUUGCAUGGACCUGCUCCCCAGCCUCGAUCCAUUGGAUCGCGCCCGUGCUUGCGGGUAUCCCGUUCGGCGCGGGGAACACCGGUGUCUUCAUCUAUGCGUCCAACUAUCUGACUCACAGUUACGGCAUGUAUGCUGCUUCUGCUUUGGCGGGCAACUCGGUUAUUCGGAGUAUCCUCGGUGGUGUUUUGCCUCUUGCUGGCGCGUCUAUGUAUGCCAGCCUGGGACCGAAUUGGGCGGGCACUCUGCUGGGAGUGUUGGAGGUUAUUAUUGUCCCGAUUCCGUUUGUGUUUUAUAAGUAUGGCCACAAGAUUCGCAUGAAGAGUCCCCUCAUUGUGCGCAUGCAGGAGGAGAAGACGAAGCUUGAGGGGAAGCGGGCUAGAAGGCAGAUUCAGCUUCAGCAGGCGAAUCGGUCGGAUGAGGAGAAGGUGGCAGAGGUGGUUUAG